AUGGUCAGAUUUCACGAUUUCGUUGCUCCAUUAGCAGGCCCUAAAAACAUGCUGAUCUCAGAGGGCGCUGUGUGGAAGCAACAACGAGCAGCCUUCAACCCUGGCUUCUCGAUCCAACACGUGAUGGAGCAGGUACCAAACUUCCUCAAUAUUUUCGAAGAGUACAUAAAAGCACUUGAAGGCCAUGCGGUGCGCAACGAAGUAUUCCGCCUGGAAGAAGAUUUGACCAAAUUAACCGUCGAUGUCAUCGGCAAAAUGGUACUCGAUCACGACUUCAACUCGUUCAAAGGGGAGAACAAGUUCGUUUCGGCAUUGAGGAAUAUCCUCAGUUGGAUGGAGGAUUCGCAGUCGCUCAAUCCGUUCCACAGGAAGCACCCGAUCCGUCCAUGGGCCUUCAAGUACUACAAAAGGCAAAUGGACAAAUACAUUGGUGACAUCAUCGACGAGCGCUUCGCUGCCCGCGAGACAACUGGAUCAUCUACGAAGAGGAAAAGAACGGGCGUCGACCUCGCGCUUCAAGCGUACCUCAAGGAAAGCGGCCAAGACAUAGAGUCAGAGAAUGCAAAGCUAGAUCCGGCGUUCAAGAAGGACAUAAUCGACAACUUGUUGAUUCUCGUCUUUGCCGGACACGACACUACCUCCUCUACAAUCUGUUACAUCUACCAUGAGCUUUCCAAGCAUCCCGACGCGCUUGCCAAAGCUCGCCACGAGAUGGAUGAAGUCUUCGGCAGCGGAAUCAACGCUUUAGAACAGAUUAGAGAGGAUUCAUAUAUCAUCAACAAGUGCACAUACGCGAUCGCCGUCAUCAAGGAAACGCUGCGUUUAUGGCCACCAGGAUCUACAGUCCGGACAGGGCGUCCGGAUUACUUCAUCAAAGACCCCGACACGGGGGAGAUGCUACCCACAGAAGGCUGCCAAGUCUGGCCCAUCCUCCACGUCAUGCACCGCUCCCCCCGCAUCUGGGGUCCCGACGCCAACGCCUUCAACCCCGAGCGCUUCCUCCCUCCGCACAGCGAGACCAUCCCGCCAAACGCAUACCGCCCCUUCGAAAAAGGCCCGCGCAAUUGCAUCGGGCAGGAACUUGCGCUCGUGGAGCUGCGCCUCGUGCUGGCGCUUACGAUCAGGGAAUACGACAUCCGGGCUGCGUUUGACGAGCUGGAUAAGCUGGAUGGCGAUGGUAGUAUUUGGGCGAGUUUUGGCGCGAGUGCUUAUGGCGGCGGCGAAGCCUUCGGAGGGGAUGCCGGCGAGGAUUAG